AUGACGAUAUUUCAUGACGAAAUAGAAAUUGAGGAUUUUGAAUACGAUGAAGAUGACGACAUGUAUUACUACCCUUGUCCUUGUGGGGAUAGAUUUCAGAUAAGUAAGGAAGAACUAUUAGCCGGGGAGGAAGUAGCCACAUGUCCCAGUUGUUCUCUUGUAGUUAAAGUAAUAUAUGAUUUGGAACGAUUUAAAGCCGAAGCGGAAGAAAUACACGAGGAUAAAACAGAUAAAGAAACUGUGAAGGCUUAA